AUGCCUGGGCGUAAUCGCUUGGACUACGCCCAGGCAUACAAAAAAAUUUGCCAGUCGGCUCGUCAACGGGUGCUUGGCGACGAUUCCUUAGAUACCCCAGCAGCACCAGGUGGUGCCACUGUACUCAUUCUGGUCACUCCCGACGUGGACUCUCUGGCGGCCACGCGCAUCUUCACGCAGCUGCUUGCCAACGACGAAAUACCAUUUCGUGUUUCACCGGUGAAUGGGUAUCGUGCAUUGCAGCGGGUGCUUGCUCAAGACGUGUAUGAUCAUAUUGAACUUCAUACACUUGUUUUUAUCAACCUCGGAUCACUGCUUCCAUUACCCACUACUAUUCCAUUACCACCCCACUGUACCCUACACGUACUUGAUUCUCAUCGUCCCUGGAACCUCGAUAAUCUAUUCGCUACCUCUCAAAUCAAUGACCGCAUUUUCAUUUGGGAUGACGGUGAAAUUGACGAGCGACUGUAUAGGGAACAAGAAGCGUACGAGCAACUGGAAUUUGACUUCGAAUCUGAUUCAGACAGCGAUGUCUCCGAAAGCGAUGCCGAAGAAGACGAACAGAAUGGUGAAGUACGCUCGGACGUGUCUGGAUCCCAGGAAUCAGGCCCAUCGACUUCCAGGCGACAAAAACGCAUGCAUAAAUCAGACGAGGGGCGUGAAAGAAAACGUACUCGUCUUGAUGGGCAUCAGCGUCAAAUUUACCGCACUGUCUUGGCAAAAUACUAUGCGCGCGGCAGCUGGACUGGCAUGAGCGUAGCGCAGAUGAUGUAUAUUCUGGCUGUUGCCCUUGGUCGCGGAGAUCGCGACAAUCUUUGGUAUGCGAUUCUCGGGUUGACUUCACAAUAUAUAUCCAAUUCUAUUCAUGCAACCACUUAUGAUGGCUAUGCAGCAGCUUUAGCCUCUGACGUGGUUGCAAUGGAUACCACAGAGCGCGUGGAGGAUGGUCAAAGCUACUCAACGGACAAACAUGGCGCCGAUGAUUCAUCCGUGCAUGUGGUUAAUCAAGAGUUGCGUUUCACUUUGUAUCGCCAUUGGAGCUUGGAGUCCAGCAUGUAUCAUACCAGCUAUGUUGCUGCAAAGCUUGGUAUUUGGCGAGAAAAGGGGAUCAAUAAAUUGCGAGGUCUUCUGGCAAAAAUGGGACUCUCCCUAGCCAAUUGUCGACAGACAUACGAACAUAUGGAGCUUGACUUGCGUCAGUCUCUUGUUCAACGCAUGGAAGCCAUCGCUCCCGAGUAUGGCCUAGUGGACUUGACUUUCCGUUCCUUUACACGUUCUUAUGGCUUCCGUACUGUCCCACUUAGCGCGUCGGAUGCUGUUCAAGGGAUAUCAGCUCUGCUUCAAGCAGCACAUGGUGUCCGAAUUGAAAUCGAAGGAGUACAAAUGGUUCGCGCUGACCCAGGUAUCAGUGGCCCACGCAGCAUUGACCGGCCUGUUGGUACUUACGGGACUCGUACUUUGUGGUCUUUGGCCGACAGUGGCAUUGACAUUGGCAAGCGCCCUGGUCCCAUGCUGAGUAUUGAAUCUGAGGAUCCUGAGGAUGACGAAGAGAACUCUGUUUCGGCCACUUGGGUGAAAAACUUCUUCGAGGCAUACACGGCCAUGGAUGUACAAAAGCCUAAAAGCAUAUCAUUAUUACAGCUAUCACUACAGUUGGCCAAAGCUUUACACGAAGCUAUCGUGUCGCAGGGUGUUAGUAUCAUUAUCAAGCAAUCGAUCAAGACACUUCGUUCUUUUCGACUCGCGGUACUUCAAGACGGCCCUUCACUUCAUCUAUUCGUUCAACCAGACACGCUGACACGUCUGGGAUAUUGGCUGAUAGAUGCUCUCCGUGAUAUUGUUGGGGAGAAGCAUGCACGUCGUGCUGAAGCAAAGCGUGCGCGCAGGGGAAACAAGGGCGACGACCCUGACCAAGUGUCGACUCCGCAAAAUUUGCCCUUCGUAUUGGCUGCACUUGAUACCGAGCGCGAUGUCUUUGUUGUUGUGGGGAUUGUUGGAGCUUCUGACUAUGGCGAUGUUAGCAAGAACCGUUUUGGAUUGGCAUUUCAAGAUGCGGCCCAAGCUAGCGGAGCGCGCAUGCGCAAUGACCGAUUCGAAUCUAGCGUGUUAGAAGUGCGCCGUGACGAUCUGAUGCCCUUUAUAGAAAGUCUCCACUUGAAAGCGUAA